GUUCUUGACUCCAGCGGAGAACAUGGCGAACGUAGUGAGGUUGUCACGACGAGUAUCAUCGUUUGUACGGCAUUCUUGCGGUGUCGCACGUUCUUAUAAUUCGUGGCAUAAUAACAGUGAAGUGAAAAGAUGGGGUCUCAAAACCGGAUUGUUUGCAACAGCUUCUAUUACGCUUUAUUGCGGUUACAAGUAUUUCCGAACCGACGCAGUAUACGCCAAGGUUCGAAAGAAGGAGGACGAGAAGGUAGUAAAGUUGACGAUGAGGGAACAAAGAUUUAUAAAAUUUGCGUCGGUGGAAUAUGACGGGCAACUGUAUAUGACACCUCAAGAUUUCCUCGACAGCGUCGUUGAAUCUGAACCCAGACCAAGGCUGAAGAGACGCGAGUUAACUGACAUGGAGCUGGAUGUGAUGAGAAACAGCAUCCCCUCGCUACAUCAUGGAAAUCCACAUAUGUUCAGAAAUCUCCGGGACAAAGGAAUUAUAUCUUACACGGAGUAUCUCUUCCUCUUAUCGAUCCUAAUCAAGCCUACGUCGGGUUUCCGAAUCGCGUUCAACAUGUUCGAUACGGAUGGAAACGAACGUGUGGAUAAAACCGAAUUUCUCGUGAUUCGACGAUUGCUUGGUGGUAACCUGAAGUAUCGGCAUCUCGACGAUGAAACAAAAUGUGCAUUGAAACGUAUAAUGCCACCGAGCGAAGAUUUCGUUUACGAACCAAAACUUCGAAACACCCGAGAGCGCAAUGACAAAAAUCAGAUUGUCUCGAAUUCAUACAUGGAAAAAGUUUUCAGCCAUGCUUGGAGAGGACGUCACGGUACCGAGACCCAAGAAAAAUUAGAUCUUCUGAAGGAGAGGCAAACAACUCCUGAAGCGAUUCAAGUUCAAUAUAUCAACGAUGACCAAGGCUUGCAACGACGACACGCGAUCGAUACCACUCUGAUGGUACACUUCUUUGGAAAGGAUGGAACCAACGAGCUGAAAUACGAAAAUUUCAAGUGUUUCAUGGAAAACCUGCAGCAAGAAGUUCUAGAGCUCGAAUUUCACGAAUUCAGCAAAGGCCGUGAUAUUAUCUCCGAGAUAGAUUUUGCGAAAAUUUUGCUACGAUAUACGCAUCUCGAUACCGAAGAAUACGAUAAAUAUUUGGAUAGAAUAUUAAUAAACUCGCAUCUUCAAAUCGGUAUUACGUUCGAUGAAUUUCGUCGUUUUUAUCAAUUUUUGAACAACCUCGAUGACUUUUCAAUCGCCAUGCGAAUGUACACUCUGGCGGAUCACCCAAUAUCGAAAGAUGAAUUCCAACGUGCUGUGAAAAUCUGUACAGGUAGUAUACUUAGCGAACAUAUUAUCGAUACUGUCUUUGCACUUUUUGACGAGGAUGGUGAUGGUCAGUUAUCCUACAAGGAGUUUAUAGCGAUUAUGAAGGAUCGGCUACACAGAGGUUUCAAGUCUCAACGACGACAUAAACAUUUGCAAGCAUUUUCUUCGUGUGUAAAGCAAGAAGUGAAAUCCCGUUAAAUGACGUUAAGCAGAGAAAAUGAAUCUAAAAGCGAAUACGGAUACUAAACAUUCAAGAAUAUCAAGUGCCAUUGAAGUUUCAACGUUUUUUUAAGUUCUAGUUCCACUUCGUUAGUACAAUACCAUUGUGAUAAUUAUUCAGUCACCGACUGAAACAUACUUAUAACUCAGAAUCUCUACCUCUAUUUAGUCUUUACGUAUCUUAUUGAGUUUUUCUAUUUAUGUGAUUUAUUAUUAUAUUAUUUUUUUGUGUGAUAUAUUAUAAACGAUCAAAAUUCACUAGUGCUAACAGAUAACAUUUAUCAAAUUUAAACAGUAUAUUUAUCUUUAAAUUAAAGACUCUUCGAUGCACAAUCUUACAUAUUUAAUAUGUGGAUUUAGAUGCACCGUUGAGUCAUUCUAUACGAAAUAAGCUACCAAAUUGAUUGAAAUUAGUAUUACCAUCUUUCUGUGUAUAACAAAGCAGAAUGUAUCAUAUAAAUAAUUAUAGUAAACAACCACCACUCAUUUUCUUAA